AAUAAAAAAAUGUCAAGAUUUUUUUGUUUUACCCUUGUCAUAAAUAUACAAGCUCUUUACUUUUUUUCUAUUCAAUAAUUAGGGAUAAAGAAAAAGUAAAAUUGUUCACUUCCUUGAGAUGUGUUUUGAUGACUAAGGAGAUUUAUUUAGGGACAGAGCAAGUAGUAGAAAUUGCAUUGAGGACAAGGGUUAAAUGAUAAGUUUAACAUAAUUUUAUUAUGAUAGUCUGAAAUGAAACACUUAUUUCAGGAAUAAGAUUCAUCUCCAGUAGAACCCUUUAUGAAGGAUAGAUCAACUUAUGUCUUAGUAUCUACCAAAUAAAUAAUAGAUUUUGUUAGGGGAAUUAAAUAAUAAUAUUUUUUAUCUAUAGCAAGAAUCUCUCCCCAUCAAGUUGUUAUAUAUACCUUCCCUCAGUCCCUCAAUUAGUCUCUUCCAAACAUAACAUCACUAUUUUCUUCAUCUUUUUCCUCAUUAAACCCACACUCCUUUUUUUGAGUUUCCCCAUCAUACCCCUCUCCUUUCCUCUUUCUCCCAAGACCCUCGGAGGAUUCCCCUCUUCACAAGCCCAUUUUCGUCAAAUCAACAACAUAAAACCAUUGGCGGCGGCGGCCAUGGACAUCGGCUUCAUGAAAUCCGACCAAAUUGAAAUGAUGCUGAUGCAGAUGGACAAGCUCCCAGAUUUCAGCGCCGCCUUCGACGACGACGACAGCGACGACAAUCCGAAUAUAACCGGGAACAACAACAACAACGUCGAUGCUUUCGAGAAUUUCAACGUUCAAUCGCCGCCGGCGUGUGACGGCUUCCACGGCCAACAAGAUCCGCCGGCGGCGAGCUCAAUGGCGGCGAUGAGGGAGAUGAUAUUCCGGAUUGCGGCGAUGCAGCCGGUCCACAUCGACCCGGAGUCGGUGAAGCGGCCGAAGAGGAAGAACGUGAGAAUAUCGACGGACCCGCAGAGCGUGGCGGCGCGCCACCGCCGGGAGAGGAUAAGCGAGCGGAUCAGGAUCCUGCAGCGGCUCGUCCCCGGCGGGACCAAGAUGGACACGGCGUCGAUGCUCGACGAGGCCAUCCACUACGUCAAGUUCUUGAAGAGCCAGGUGCAGUCGCUCGAGCGGGUCGCCGCCGCUCGCCCGGAACCGCCCGGGGUCGGCUUCCCGGUGCCCAUGUCGAGCGGGAGCUAUUUUCCGCCGCCGCCGCCCGCCGCCAAGGGAUACCACAAUGUUCGGUAUUGAUAGGAGAAACUAAUAAAUGGUUGAUUAUUAAUUUGAUGAUGAUGAUGAUCAAAUUUGAUUUAAGUGGUUAAUUGGAUAGUUAUGGAGUUUGUGUAAAGAAAAAAAAAAAGAGUGGCUGUCUCAUUACGAUUGCUUAAUCAUGUCAUGCAUGCUUCUUCUCAAUAGAAUAAUGCUACAAUCUUCACAUAA